CGCUUCUUUCUCUCUGCGCAGCUGAUUAUUGUCCCUCUGCUUCGGUUCUGUCUGUCGCAACGGCGGCAGACGCGUUAGCGUUGGAAGUCGAAUUGUGGCAAGCCGGACGACCUCUAUCUACGCGCCACUCCCAGCCAACUCUCAUGAACUCAGUUUUCCGUUCGGUUAAUGCUGCUGGCACUGGCUCGAUUGACUUCUGAUCGUUACCUCGGUCCGUAUCGCUGUUCUCGCUGCUGUCUAUUUUCGAAACGUGAAACGCUUUCCCAUUAGCCGUUACGUGAGAAAGGAGCGCGUAGCUCUAGCAGCUACCACAGACUUGGGCAGCGGCGCCGUCGGCGAGAGAGACAGCGUCUAUAGCUGACGGUGUGUCGUACCCGGUAAUUCGUGGCAUGACGCUUUCCCCUUUCUGGCUUUAGACGAUUCGAUUGCCGCGUCUGUCGCUAGAAGAUCUAUCGUGGCAUACAACCGGACGUGGUGCGAUAGCAACUGGUGCCGUGAAUUCGUAAGUGCGCGUCAUUAUCUGGUCGAACGUGUGUCAUUCUACUGCUUUUCUAAUACAAGUUGCAAAGACCUACGUUGUUACUACUCACUUAAUAUCACUUAUUGUCGUCAUCGGCAGCUACAGUUAUUUUUAUUACUAGUACUACGUUUUAGCUUCGCCAUGGAUCAGCUUCCGCCACCGAUUACCAACCCUGAGGUGAAGUAUAAGCAAUUGUACAUCAACGGCCAGUUCGUCGAUGCUGAGAGUGGCAAGACAUUUGCCACAUACAACCCUGCUACGGGCGAAAAAAUCUGCGAUGUACAAGAAGCCGGGAAGGCCGACGUGGAUAAGGCAGUGGCAGCAGCUCGCGCCGCGUUCAAGUCCAACUCGCCAUGGAGGACGAUGGAUGCGUCGGCACGAGGUCGCCUUAUGUACAAGCUUGCCGAUCUUGUAGAACGGGACAUAGCCUAUCUGGCCAGUAUUGAGACAACCGAUAAUGGUAAACCGUAUCAGUUCGCAGUUAGCGACGUGAGGUCAGGUGUCAACUUGCUACGGUACUACGCUGGCUUGGCCGACAAGAUCCACGGUCGCACUGUGCCUGUUGAUGGAGAUCAUUUCACGUACACCCGCUACGAACCCGUUGGAGUUUGCGGACAGAUUCUCCCAUGGAACUUCCCUCUGUUUUUGACCUGCCUUAAGCUGUCGCCUGCUCUAGCAGCCGGCUGUGUUGUGGUUAUCAAACCAGCAGAACAAACCCCAUUAUCGGCGUUGUACCUAGCCAAACUCUCGGAUGAAGCCGGCUUUCCGGUUGGUGUUAUUAACGUAGUCACCGGCUUUGGUGACACUGGCGCAGCAAUCACCAGCCACCGGGAUGUCGACAAAAUUUCUUUCACAGGAUCGAGCGAAAUUGGGAAAUUAGUCCUGGAGGCCGCAGGCAAAUCGAAUUGUAAACGAACCACCCUUGAAAUGGGGGGUAAAAGUCCCCUGAUCGUUGCAGAAGAUGCGGAUCUCGACCUGGCCGCAAAUAUUGCCCACACAGCGAUAAUGUUCAAUGCCGGCCAGUGCUGUGUUGCAGCCAGCAGGCUCUUCGUUCACGAAAGCGUCUACGAACAGUUCUGCAAGAAGGCUGUAGAACUCGCUAAAAAGCGCACAGUCGGUUGCCCAUUCAAAUGUCCCGAUCAGGGACCGCAGAUCGAUGAACAGCAGACGGAAAAGAUUCUCGAAUUGAUUGAAUCGGGCAUAAAAGAGGGGGCCCGCUUAUUAUGCGGAGGUCAACGUGCACCCGGUGGAAGUGCUUUGUUUAUUGAGCCCACGGUCUUUGCUGAUGUUACCGACAACAUGCGAAUCGCUAAGGAGGAGAUCUUCGGUCCAGUUCAGCAAAUUCUCAAGUACAAGACGCUUGAGGAGGCUAUCGAACGUGCCAACGACACCCCGUAUGGAUUAGCGAGCGGCAUCGUAAGCAACAAUAUUAACACCAUUCAAAAAUUCGCUCAGGAAAUCCGGGCCGGUAACGUGUGGGUAAACACCUAUCUCGCGAACACCCCACAAACACCUUUCGGCGGUUUCAAAAUAUCGGGCAUUGGCCGUGAAGGCGGAAUUGAAGGUGUUUUGCCGUACUGUGAAAUUAAGACAGUCACAAUGAAAAUUCCCGGUAAAAUUUCUUAAAUUGAAGCAGCAUCGUGAAAGUCGGGAAGCACUACGUCUACACUGGACUUCAGUGACAGCAGUUGUCGUUGUCCACUUUUCGUAUUAAUUAGCAUAAUUUAUGGGCUAUAUGUUUGAUCGAUACAGGUGUGAGCGGUCGUUGACAAUUGUACGUAAAAAAAUUAGCAAUGAAAAGCUGCAAAUAAUAAAAUUUAUUCAGACAACGGCAUAAAUUUUG